AUGAAGCCUGAGGAUGUGAAGGCUAGGAAGUUUGAGAAAGGGCUUAGGCCUGGCAUUAGUACUUCUGUGGUGCUUCACAAGUACCCCACUUAUGCUGAGAUGGUCCAGGCCACCAAGGUGAUUGAGGACCAGCAGAAGGAGAAUUACAGAGCAAUUCAGGCUGGAAAAAGGCCCGCAACCUCUUAUGAACCUAAGGGAUCUACAAGAUCUCAAGGUCAGGUGUAUUCUGUGACAAAUGAAGAUGCCCAGGCUGAUCCUAGUGUUAUUACAGGUGUGGUUAUUGUUUGCUCUCAGCCUGCUUAUGCUUUAUUUGAUUUGGGGGUUUCACAUUCUUUUGUGUCCCUUAAUUUUGCUAAGAAGAUGUCCAUUGAACCAAUGCUAAUGGCCCAAAAAUUGAUAGUCAAUACACCAAUGGGAAGCAAGGUUGAACUUGACUCGGUUUAUGAUCCUUGCCCAGUAUUGAUAGACACUGAAACUAAGGUUAGUCCUUUGGAAGAACUAUGUGCAGUGAAAGAUUUUCCAGAUGUCUUUCCUGAAGAUCUAACGCGGUUGCCACCAGAUCGCGAGACAGAGUUCAUGAUAGAUCUAAUCCCAGGUGCAGCCCCAGUGUCCAAAGCACCCUAUAGGAUGGCCCCAACUGAGUUGAAGGAGCUACAAGAGCAGUUGAAUGACUUGUUGAAAAUGGGUUUCAUUAGACCCAAUAUGUCUCCUUGGGGAGCUCCUGUGUUGUUUAUGAAAAAGAAGGAUGACAAGAAUGUCAUUAUCUUCAUUGAUGACAUCUUGGUCUAUUCCAAGAGCGAGGAGGAGCAUACAGACCAUCUUCGCCUAGUGCUGCAAUGCUUAAGGGAGAAGCAGUUGUACGCCAAAUUCAGCAAGUGUGAGUUUUGGCUACAACAGGUGGCAUUUCUGGGACACUUGGUUUCUGGCAAGGGUAUAGAGGUUGACCCUGGAAAGGUAAAGUCAGUAGUUGACUGGGUGACACCCAAGAGUGUGGUAGACAUUCAUAGUUUUCUGGGACUAGCUGGCUAUUACAGGAGAUUUAUUGAGAACUUCUAA